UCAAAUCAUUUUGUCUACAUAUUUUUCAAAACUAUUCAUAUCUUAUGAACACAAUUCUAGCUAAAACACUAAAUCCAGCGACUGUCAUAUACUGUACAUUCAAAUAGCACAGUGUUCACGUGUGUGUAAUUUGCAAGGCAACCAUGACGUUGGAUUUGGGUUUAAACUACUGGACAUCAAGGCACUUCCCCCAAUGGGAGGUGCAUUACACAAUUGUUGAAGGAGAGGAGGAGCUCUAUGGGGUCAAAAGGCAACAGCAAAAAGAGUGACUUUGUAGUAGUAGAAGAAGCAUAGCAGACAAAUAGAAAAGAGAGGAGCACAUGAAUGAAAAAGACAUGAGUACAGAAGGAAAUCAGAGUAUGGGUGGAGAAGGAGUGGUGGACGCAAAACCUGGCCAGUCUGGGUGGAAGCAAUUCCAGUGCCCCAUAGCUGAUCCACGCUUUCCUAGGGAAGAUAUAAAGCAGAUAUGGAAGGAGUGUCAGUACGAGAGCUUCUGGUAUCGAGCUCUUCCACUGUCUGCCAGCAGCAUGGCUGUGACUGGUGGCCUCAUAUAUAGCGGCGUCUGGAAAAAGUCCAAGCGAUUUGGGUAUUUCCCUAAACUCCUUUGUAAUGGAUUGUGUAUUGUGGGUUAUGCAGUAGGCAAAGCUGCCUAUGUCGGGACUUGCAGAGAAAAAUUCAACAAUAAACUGGGACCAGAUUUCGCCAAGGGGUUUGGUCCGACUCCUCCUGGAUUUGGACCUAGUGGCUGUAAAACUGGACAUAAACACUGCAUCCAUGUGUGUGAAAAAUGCAAACAAGAAGAAGCACAAGCCGCAGCAAUAGUGCCUGAUGCACCCACUCAGAAGAACUGAGGUUCUCUGAGAUCCACAGGACAUCACUCAUUACCUCGUCAUUUUUUUCAAUAAAAUAAAUUAACUAAUUAAAACAGAAAUCUUUAGUUCUUUUGAAAAUAAUGCAAAACAAAGCAGCUAAAAUCAUCUUGAAUGGACCGUCAUUCUAACUAACCAGCAGGGGGCGCCAAGACACUAUGAGACACUGCAGC